AUGACGUUGUAUGACCUCGUCUUAAACGAGGCCUCCAUCUCUCCUAGCUCUCGCAGGAAAGCUUCCGCGUUGGGCUUCAUUGCCAGCCAUGCCGCGCCUUCGUCAGUAGCCAUUUCUAUCAGAAUUCCCCCGUUCUGGAGCUUCAACACCGACCUGACUUUGUGCUAUGAAGCCGUCGCCCUACCCAUGGCCUCCGAGAAUUUGCCCACUAGGACCAAGUUGGCGCAAUCCCGUAGUCGUGAUUCCCUGGGAUUAGCAUCCAAGGGAGCCCCAGAGGUCGCCCUAAUCAGCGCAUCCCUAACCUCCGUCUUUUUCUCCAACUCCUCCAUGACCUUCACCCUCAGCCCCUCCGUGAACUCUCUCAAGUCGCUGAGUGUCGUAUGCACCUCGCGGGACGAGGAGCAGUUUUUCUUCGAGGCCAGAAAUCUGGUUGCCAUUUCAGCGUCAAGGACCCAAAAUGUGAACAUGUCAAAUAGUGAUUUUAUAAAUUUAGGAACUAUAAAAAUCUCAUAUUCAAAGUUCAAGGUGGCCGAGUAUAGUGUUGCCGCGGCUCCGGCUCGGAGGCAGCUCAAGUCAGGAGCCGAGCCGAGUUUAGCCGAAGCCCAGCCAGAACCGCCGAGUGAUGGCUCCCACAGCUCGGCUAGUUCCAGCUCCGGCUAA